CACCCACACCACCCACAUCACCCACAUCACCCACAGCUCCACCACCAGCGCUGACAGCUGCCGAUUUACAUCUCUCCCCCAGUAUCACCACCCUCAGAGGAGCAGAGACACCUGAACUCAAAACAGCUCUUUCACUCUACAGGUCACUUUCACAGCUCAGAGAAAUGGAAGGAGGUUUCAUCCUGUGCUUUGCGGCCAUGAUGCUCUUCAUGGCCCCGGGUGUCAAAGCAACAGCUCAUUUAUCAUUUGCAACCAACAUCUCACAGGUGAACAUCACUCGUGCAGGCUGUGGAAACACUAAAGUGUGUGUGGAGACACCGAUGAAGUGUGAUCCUGCAGGAAACGCCACCUGUCUGUUCGGCUCUGCAGUCGCCUCCGCCCCAGUGGCUCCCAACGGGGCGAACGUGACCGUCCAGCUCAGAGGAAACUCAACAGGUUACAUCGCACUGGGACUGACUGCUAAUGAAACUAAGGGAACCACCAUGCUCUUCAUCUGUGGUCAGAACUCCUCGGACAAUGGGAACUUCUUCUUCCGCACGAUGCAGUUGAACAACACCAAUCAAAUGCUCAUGGCAACAGAGACGCAAGUGAAAGAAAUCCGAGGUGUGGUGAGCGGCAGCCUGAUCCAGUGCGAGUUCAUCGUCCUCAACGUGAACGCCAGCAGCACCAGGAACACCCAGGACACCAGCUUCAAGAUCCUCCUGGGGUCUGGUUCUGUUACCGGGGAUGUGAUUGGUCCGUUCAGCAUCACCUUAACCAGUGACCUCCUGGACCUGGCCAACCCGAGUGGGACAAGCACCGUGGCACCCACAACAGCAGGAGCCGGUAGCCUUCUCCACUCAUAUGCUCUGCUUCUCCUGCUGGGCGUCGUGGCUCUGUCCUUCACACACAGAGCUUGAGUCCAGAGGACGCCUGUGGCCUGGAGACGUCUGUGCAGGUUGGACGCAAAGAGGACAGACGAGUGGACAACUGUACAAAUGUUAAACUUAUCGCAUUACGUUUUGCACCUGUGUGAAAGUUUGAGUUUUAGCUGCAGCAAAAACAGAUGAUGGUUCAGAAGGUAGCUGAAGGUGUUUGUGACCAAAUCAUUCUUUAAUUUCCUUUCCAUGACUUGGUGGUGGAAAAAUGACUAAUUUAUAAAAGAAUGUUUUUAAUGCGUAUAGAUUUAUAGUUUUUUAUACCUUUAACAUCUACUCUGAAGACACCAUCAUGUUGCUGCUGUUUGUGCUUGCCCUCAUUUAGGAGCAGGCUUUUUAGAGACUUGCCAGGUCCACAACUUAGGACCAGUUAGAACCCUACUGUAUGAAUAUUAUUAGCUUGAUUCUGUAUUUUCUUCUGUAACUAUGAAAACUAAACUACAGUAAAACUGUUUCUCGGGGCCUCCGACCGAACUUGAUGAAAAGGUUCUGAUUUGAGAAGUGGACUCUGAAUUGUGAUUAAAUGUUUUCAGACUUCAUUUAAAUUGUUUUGUUUUUUAAUAAAAGGGAAUUGAUACAAAA